CCCGCUCGGCUGAGCAUCUCCUGCAGCGAUGCUGCCGCUGAGCUGGCCCCGGCUGCUGCUCGGCGAGGAGAGGAGCGAUACCCGGCACCCUGAACCCCUCCGUUGGCUCUGGAUGCGAUGGCUUUGACGACCUGGGCUCUCGGCCCCGCGCUGCGGCUCUGUGCCACCGGCCCUGCCUGCUCCUGGGAGAUGCUGCACGUGGCCGGAGCAGGUGUGUGCGGCUGCUGCGGUGCCCUGCGUCCUCGCUACAAAAGACUUGUCGACAACAUCUUCCCUGAGGACCCAGAGGAUGGGCUGGUGAAGACCAACAUGGAGAAGCUGACAUUUUAUGCCCUGUCUGCCCCGGAGAAGCUGGAUCGCAUUGGUGCCUACCUCUCCGAGCGGCUAAUCAGAGAUGUGAGCCGGCACCGAUACGGGUACGUGUGCAUUGCCAUGGAGGCCCUGGACCAGCUCCUCAUGGCUUGUCACUGCCAGAGCAUCAACCUCUUCGUGGAGAGCUUCCUGAAAAUGGUGGCAAAGCUGCUAGAGUCGGAGAAGCCCAAUCUGCAGAUCCUGGGAACCAACUCGUUUGUGAAGUUUGCCAACAUCGAGGAGGACACCCCAUCUUAUCACCGCAGCUACGACUUCUUUGUCUCCCGCUUCAGCGAGAUGUGUCACUCCAGCCACGACGACAUGGACAUCCGGACCAAGAUCCGUAUGUCCGGAAUUAAAGGCCUGCAAGGAGUCGUGAGGAAGACAGUGAACGAUGAACUCCAAGCCAACAUCUGGGACCCACAGCACAUGGACAAGAUCGUGCCCUCGCUGCUCUUCAACUUACAGCACGUCGAGGAGACGGAAAGCCGCUCCCCCUCCCCGCUGCAAGCCACCGAGAAGGAGAAGGAGAGUCCUACGGAGCUGGCGGAGAGGUGUCUGCGGGAGCUGCUGGGCCGAGCGGCGUACGGCAACAUCAAGAACGCCAUCAAACCCGUCCUCAUCCACCUGGAUAACCACUCGCUCUGGGAGCCAAAGAUCUUCGCUACCUGCUGCUUCAGGAUCAUCAUGUACUCGAUCCAGCCGCAGCACUCCCAUCUCGUCAUCCAGCAGCUCUUGGGGCACCUGGAUGCCAACAGCAAGAGCGCGGCCACCGUGCGUGCGGGCAUCGUGGAGGUCCUCUCGGAGGCAGCGGUGAUCGCAGCCUCCGGAUCUGUUGGUCCCACGGUGCUGGAGGUGUUUAACACCCUGCUGAGGCAGCUGCGGCUCAGCAUUGACUACGCGCUGACGGGGAGCUACGAUUGCGCUGCUGGGGUCAGCACCAAGAUCAUCAAGGAGCACGAGGAGAGAAUGUUCCAGGAGGCCGUCAUUAAAACCAUAGGGUCCUUUGCCAGCACGCUGCCCACCUACCAGCAGUCUGAGGUGAUGGUUUUCAUCAUGAACAAGGUGCCACUGCCCUCCUCGCAGCAAUCCAUCGAGGCCGGCAAAGCUGGGUGAGAACGGA